CCCGGGCUGCGAGCCCCAACAGCCUCUUCAUCCUCCUGCUGUCUUAGGUCAGCUCAGAUUGUACAUCAAGUCCUGGAAGCUGAUUCAGCCUGCAUCCCUUUCCCCAACUGGCAAGCGUGUGAUAAAGUGCCCUUUGGGGAGGUGGUGGUGAGGGGAGGCUGAGGCAGGAAGUCCUGUGUGUCCCACCAUCUCUAUGAAAUGGCAGGCCUCACACUCGCCUUGUGCUGACGCGACCAGGCAUGGGCAAAAGUCUGACAACACAGGGCGGAAAGGAGCAGCCAUUAGCACUAAUGAAGCAGGCGGUCUGAAAGCUUUUUACUUUGAAGCUGCUCGCCCACCUGGGGAGAGAACAGUCUGUUCAGUCACCUUGGUUUCCAGGAACUGCAGGCAGAAAAUGCUGUGGGGGUAGGAGCAGGGGUGGGAUCUUGGAGAAACCUGGAGGAAGAAGGGGAGCAGGGAUAGAUCCAGAGAGGGAGGCAGAGGGCCUAUUUUUGGCUAAGUGUUCUUUUCCCUUCCUUUCUCCUAUCCAAAACCCAGGGUCUGGGUCUGCACCCCAACCCCACCUGGCUUUGGCCACUGGCCCAUCACCCCCCUUUCAAUGCCCUUGACCCAAGUUCCUGGAAACAAAGGAAACAUGCCAUGCGUAGGGUCUGAAUGACCAUCUCCAGGGCCACAAAUUAAAUUAAGCGUUCAGGGCUGCCUGCCUUGUUACUGCUAAUGACUCCGGCCUACCCAUCCCCCAGGUCCCUGUCCUGCAGAAAUUUGGGGGCCCUGGGCACCCUAUCUUGUUCCCAAAUUUUGAUGGGCUCCCGGAGACCUCACUCCAAAUUGGAGAUGGGCACCCCUCUUGUAGAGCCUUGGUUCCAGUGAGAGAGGCCUGAAUCAUGCUCCCACCUUCUGGGGAGGGCCCCUCAUACCCUGGCUGCAGGAAGCAGUCACGUGUGGGCCCUUCAUUAGAUCCUGCCAUAUAAGCAGGGGACAUGGAAUGGUCAGCAACUCCUGGGGCAAGGAUCCAGCAAGCAGAGGCCAUGCUGACUGCAGUACUGCUGAGCUGUGCCCUGCUGCUGGCAAUGCCCCCCAUGCAGGGGGCCCAAAUGGGCCCUGCUCCCCUGGAGGGCAUCGGAAGGCCUGAGGAAGCCUUAUUCCUAGAGUUCCAAGGCCUAAGCCUGCAACCCUCGCUGAAGAGGAUAACGGAGGAACAGGCCGAAGAGUCGCUGCUGCAGGAGGCAGAGGCCAAGGCCUUAGCAGAGGUGCUAGAUCCGGAAGGACGCAAGCCACGCUCCCCACGUCGCUGCGUAAGGCUGCAUGAAUCCUGUCUGGGACACCAGGUACCCUGCUGUGACCCGUGCGCCACGUGCUAUUGCCGUUUCUUCAACGCCUUCUGCUACUGCCGCAAGCUGGGUACCACCACGAACCCCUGCAGCCGCACCUAGCUGGUUGAUGUCUGGGUCGGGGCUGGGGAGCACCAAUAAAAGGAUGGAACCAACC